GGAAAGAAAGCAAACGGCGGUCUGAAUCUCCAAUGAAACAUCGAUCCUGGAGUAGAGAUGGACGAGGUAGCAAAUUUACGCCGAUAUAUAUUGACUUGGCAUAUGUUCCUCAUCACGGUAACUCGCUAUAUUCGGCAACCGAGUUCUUCAAACGAAUCCGAGCUAGAUAUUACGUGUUCAGUGCUGUCGAGCCAAGCAAAGAAAUAUUUGAUGCUCUUCUAGAGGCAAAGCAGAGCUGGGAGGACAAAGAUUCAGAAGUGACAAUUAUCCCCACUUAUGACACGGACGCUUUGGGCUAUUGGGUCUCAGAAAAUGAAGAGUUACUUGUUAAACAUAAAAUCGAUUUAUCUCCAUCUGCUAGUCGCUGCACCAUCAACCUCCAAGAUCAUGAAACUAGUUGCUCCGCUUACAGGCUUGAAUUUUAAAGGAUGU